UCUUCCUUCCCUUAUCAAAUCCGCUUAAUUGAAACUCCCAAUUUCUUUCAAAAUUCCGCUUCCAUCUCCUCUCUCUCUUUUCCUUCCUUUUCUCUUCACCCACAGAGAAAAGGGGUCUCACUCAAAUGCUCUGCUACUAAAAACCCAUUUUUUGCAAUCAUCUUUCCUUCCUUCUCUCUCUCUCUCUCAAACAAAACCAGUUCUCUUCCAAAGAAUCAGUCUGGGCUAUGGACGGCGGUGCUUCCUAUAACCCACGUACAGUCGAAGAAGUCUUUCGAGAUUUCAAGGGUCGUCGAGCUGCCAUGAUUAAAGCCCUCACCACUGAUGUGGAAGAGUUCUACAAGCAGUGCGAUCCAGAAAAGGAGAAUCUUUGCCUUUAUGGAUAUCCCAGUGAGCAGUGGGAGGUGAAUUUACCUGCUGAAGAGGUGCCUCCAGAGCUUCCGGAGCCUGCACUGGGUAUUAACUUUGCCAGAGAUGGGAUGCAAGAAAAGGACUGGUUGUCUUUGGUUGCUGUACACAGUGACGCGUGGUUACUUGCUGUGGCUUUCUAUUUUGGUGCUAGGUUUGGAUUCGAUAAAGCUGAUAGGAAACGCCUUUUCAAUAUGAUAAAUGAUCUUCCGACAAUAUUUGAAGUUGUGACAGGGGCAACUAAGAAACAGACAAAGGAGAAAUCGUCGGUUUCAAAUCAUAGCAGCAACAAAUCUAAAUCAAACUCUAAGCGAGGUUCUGAAUCUCAGCCCAAGUAUUCGAAGGCAGCAGCAUCAAAGGAUGAGGUUGAAGAUGGCAUGGAAGACGAAGACGAUGAGGAGCAUGGAGAGACGUUAUGUGGGGCUUGUGGAGAGAAUUAUGCCGCUGAUGAAUUCUGGAUUUGCUGUGAUAUCUGUGAGAAAUGGUUCCAUGGAAAGUGUGUUAAGAUAACACCGGCAAGGGCGGAGCAUAUUAAGCAGUACAAAUGCCCAUCUUGCAGCAACAAGAGAGCACGGCCUUGACGAUGGUUGUUGGGGUGGCUGUUUUAUGUGAAUUCUGGCAUUGUGGGACUGCUAACUGUCUAGUAGGGGAUGUAGUGAAGUUUGAUGUUAGUUAAUGUGACGUUUUAAUGUAGGGGAUCUGUGUUUUUACUUUUGAUAUGUAGGUGGUGAACUGGCUGUUUGAUUUGAUUAUAAAAUAGGAUAAUUAUAAUCAGUUAUUUCUGCCAUUGGAAGGGAGGCUUGGUUUAUGUUUGAA